GUCGGAAUCUGUAACUGCUGUGACAAGUUGCACUCACUCGCGAGUUUAAUCAGAGACCUUUGCAUAUUCGAGGAAUGACGAAUCUCAAGGGAAGAAGUCGUAAGGAGAUCCGGAAACGAACGCGUGGAAAAAUGCGAUCCUGGGAAAACUUAGGAUGCGGAAUUUUCCUGGUGGUGGUUGGGACGAUCGUGAACGGUAUGCCGGAUUAUUCGGGCCUUCCGAGUGGCCCGUAUUGCGCGAGAAGAUAUCCAGGAUGCUGCCCGGAUCGUCAGGACGACUGCAACGCCCCGAUUCUCGGCAGCCUUUGUUACUGCGAUGAGUUCUGCGAUCGAUUCAGAGAGGAAGAUUGCUGCCCAGAUUACUGGAGUCAUUGCAAAGGGAUCGAUACGAAUGUGACGGAGCCACCACCGGAACCGAUAAAACGAUGCUACCACCAGGGAAAGUAUUACAACGAUGGCCAAGUGUUCAAGAUAAAUUGCAACAUGUGCAAAUGUACCGCGGUGUCCAGACUCGCCGAGGUACUUUGCGAACAGAAUCGAUGCCUGCAAGAGCAAAGCCUGAUAGACGAAGUCAAUUCAAUAUCGUUCGAUUGGAGGGCGCGAAAUUACUCGGAAUUUUGGGGCAAGAGAUUGUCGGAAGGUGUACAACUUCGCUUGGGCACCCUGAACCCGUCGAAUUCGGUUUACAGAAUGAAUUCGGUGCGGCGGACUUACGAUCCCGAAUCCCUGCCCCGAGAAUUCGACGCCAGGACCCGUUGGCGCCGCCAGAUUUCCGACGUGGAGGAUCAAGGAUGGUGCGGCGCAUCUUGGGCGAUUUCCACGGCGCAGGUCGCCUCGGACAGGUUUGCCGUGAUGAGCAAGGGUGCGGAUAGCGUCCUUCUCAGCGCGCAGCAUUUGCUUUCGUGCAACAAGAAAGGGCAACGAGCCUGCAACGGUGGUUACUUGGACAGAGCUUGGCUGUUCAUGCGAAAAUUCGGCCUGGUCGAUGAACAGUGUUACCCGUGGAGAGGUGCGUACGAACAGUGCAGAUUACAAAAGAGAACGAACUUGGAAGCUGCUGGAUGCCGUCCUCCGGCCAAUCCUCUUCGAAAAGAAUUGUACAAGGUCGGGCCGGCUUAUCGGUUGGGCAACGAGACCGAUAUCAUGGUGGAAAUUUUAACAUCGGGCCCGGUGCAAGCCACCAUGAAAGUCUAUCAAGACUUUUUCUCAUAUGAGUCGGGAAUAUACAAGCACGCUCCGACUGCCGAGCUUUAUGAGUCUGGUUAUCAUUCGGUUAGGAUCAUUGGAUGGGGAGAAGAUGUAUCUACGGAACGUGGCUUGCCGAUUAAAUAUUGGCUGGUCGUCAAUUCUUGGGGCCAGCAAUGGGGCGAGAACGGCUUGUUCCGGAUCCGAAGGGGAAUAAACGAAUGUGAUAUCGAAUCGUUCGUUGUAGCGGUAUGGGCAAAAACUGUCUAAGGAAAAAGUACAAGAAUUAGGAUUAUUUGAAUAAUUUGUUCUUCCAUGUUCUUUCUUACUUCCGAGAAGAAUCAUCGAUACUUUACGAAUGUUGCAUUUAUCUAUCGAAUCGUUAUCGGGUCUCGUUCAUCGCGUUGCGUUUCAUUGCUUUUCAUCGUGUUUUAUUGUAUUUCGUUUACUUUAAUAUUGUACUGAAUCGAUCGGUUUCGCUCAUCCUUCCAUAAUCACAUGUCUAUCAUUCAUCAAAAAUUCCAAUCAAUAUAUUUUAUUAUACAUAUCAAUCAAUGUUUGUACAGAGUCAAACGAGCAAAUGAAACGAUUACCAAAUA